CCUCCUGCGCGAGUCAACAUGGCAGACGAAGCAACCAGAAAAGCAGUCUCAGAAAUACCGCUUUUGAAAACAAAUUCAGGACCAAGAGACAAGGAACUGUGGGUUCAGAGACUUCGCGAGGAGUAUCUAGCUCUAAUUAAGUAUGUUGAAAAUAACAAAGCAGCUGACAAUGAUUGGUUCCGUCUAGAGUCCAACAAAGAGGGAACGAGGUGGUUUGGAAAAUGCUGGUAUAUCCAUGAGCUUCUCAAAUAUGAAUUUGACAUAGAAUUCGAUAUUCCAGUUACAUAUCCAUCUACAGCGCCUGAAGUGGCCAUUCCUGAGUUGGAUGGAAAGACAGCGAAGAUGUACAGAGGUGGCAAAAUCUGCUUGACGGAUCACUUUAAACCACUUUGGGCAAGAAAUGUUCCAAAGUUUGGACUGGCUCAUCUUAUGGCUUUGGGACUUGGACCAUGGCUUGCUGUUGAGAUUCCUGACCUCAUUACAAAAGGCAUAAUUCAACAUAAAGAUCAGCAAAACAGCUGAAAACAUUUGCAGGCCUUUCAUUUAACUGUCUUAACGGAGUCACAGCAAUUAACACAACUAGCUGUUUUAACAACCGUUUGUUUUAAAUCAUGGCUUGCUUUCCAUGCUGUGGUUUGAAUGUUUUAUUUGCAACCUCACAGAAAACCAUGUUCUACACAUUCACAUUUCAUAUUUGAAUAUGGAGAUGUUUUAUUUUUCUUCUUUACUGUAGGCCAUGAUUAUUUCAAUAUUGCUCAAGUUCAUAUAACACCUGUCAAUUGAAAUAUGUUUUUCAUGAGUAAAACCUGGUAAACCGACGUGGAACACUUUUAAUUUGUGAACAUGGGUAAACAUCAUGAGGAUGAGCAGUAACUUGUUAGUAAACUAACUUUUAUGUUAAGUUUGAUGUCAUAGUAAAGAGUAGGCUGCAGCCAUUUGUUGAUUAGAAAUGGGUAUCAAAAAUGAUUUAGUUGCUCAUUUUAAAGUUUAUUUUUAUUACCUGACAGACAGUCACUCAAGUACACAAUGUUGAUCAAACAAGAUUUUAAAUUCAGUAACUCUCCAAUCGCCACCUUUCCUUGUAAUUCAUCAUUAGACUAACCAUUAUAGUUUUCAAACAACCAGUCCUUGCAAAUAUUGUGAAAUACUUGCAACUACAAGCAAUGAGAUAAAUUAAAAGCAAAAACUUUUAAAUGCAAACAUUUGCAACCAUCAGAAUGGGGAACAUAAUUGAUCUCAGUGAUUUGGAUUGUGGCAUCAUUGUUGGUGCCAGAUGGUCUGGUUUGAGUAUUUCUGUAUCUGCUAAAAAAAAUCUAAACCUGGCUGCCUCUGCCAGAAAGCGUACAAUGGGCCCUGAUUGGAUCUUCCAGCAGGACAAUGAUCCAAAACAAACAUCAAAAUCAACACAAAAAUGGUUCACUGACCAUAAAAUCAAGGUUCUGCCAUGGCCAUUGUAGUCCCCUGUCCUGAACCCCAUAGAAAAUUUGUGGGGUGAACUGAAGAGGAGAGACCACCAACAUGGGCAUCUGAAUUUGAAGGCUCUGUAGAGAUUCUGUAUGGAUGAAUGUUCUUGCCAUGUGUUCUCCAACCUUAUUAGGUAUUAUAAGACAAGACUCAGAGCUGUAGGGUGCCAGUAGUUAUAUCUAAUGUGUUUUGGAAAACACAUCUAUUUAAUAAAGAGAUAUUUCCCCUCUUUCAAUUGUUUUACUUCAAAAAAGACCUUUAAAAGUUUAGAAAACCUUUUUAAACCUUUGUUUUAAAGGUUAGAUUUUUGUGAUUUUUGAAUGAAAGAU